AAACACGCAACGGUCACACUAGUCACACACACUGACUCAGACACUGGCUUUUUCAAUUGCUUUAUGGGAGCGGAUUUAGAUAAAAAAAACGCGUUAAUAUCGUGCAAUAACCAAAAUGACAUCUUACGUACGCGCUAUGUACGAUUUUUCUGGUGAGCCAGGCUCAUCAGAACUAUCGAUCGUCACCGGCGACAUUCUAACAGUCACAAGGAGCGAUGUAGGCGAAGGUUGGUGGGAGGGCAAAAACAGUCGAGGCCAAAUUGGGCUCUUUCCAGCGGCUUACGUGGAGGUGAUGUCCGCCGCGGAGGCGCGCCAAUUCACCAGCGGUGCUGAGACAAGUAACCCAGCUGCUGGUCCGCCUCUCGAUCCAUUUGAUAUGCCACCUGCGCCCAGGUAUGAUCAAACGGCCGAUGACGACAACGACAGCAUUUGGACGGACAGCGAGGACAACGAGACAUAUUCAGAGAUAGCGCCAGCAGGUGGCAAAUCCGGAGCAGCGGCACGCUCGGGCGGCCUCACGCAUUCCGCCAGCGACUACGACAACAGGCAUCUACCUGUUGCGCCCAGCGAGGAUGGCAUAUCACUUAGCUCCACAGCGGCUGGUGCCAGUGCGGCCACCAUUAAGAAGGGCAUGUUCGCUAAAAGCUCGGAUUCCUAUAUACUCGGCCUAUCCAGCAACAAGGAAAAGAUACCCGAAUGCGAGCUGGCGUAUAUCACGCAACUGGAGGACUCCAUAUACCAAUGGACGCAGAAUCAUUCACCCUACUCCGUCAUUGUGGCCAGUCCCAAAAAGGAGUCCAAAUUCAAGGGCAUGAAAACAUUUAUUGCCUACCAGCUGACGCCUAGUUUUAAUAAUAUCUCUGUGUCGCGUCGCUACAAACACUUCGAUUGGCUGCACGAGAGGCUGGCGGACAAGUUUUGUUUGAUACCGGUGCCACCGCUGCCGGACAAGCAGAUCUCUGGCCGAUAUGAGGAGCAAUUUGUGGAGCAUCGACGCGUACAAUUGCAGGAGUUCGUCGACUGGGUCUGCCGUCAUCCGGUUAUAUCGAAAUGCGAGGUCUGGUAUCAUUUUCUGACAUGCACGGACGAAAAGAUCUGGAAGUCGGGCAAACGGAAAGCCGAACGGGAUCCGUAUAUGGGCGUUAACUAUUGCCUGGCCAUAUCGCCGCCGGACAAGAAUCUGCUGCACUCCAAGGUGGACGCACAGCUGGAGACGGGCACACAGUUCAUACACAGCAUGGAUAUGGCCAUACGCAAUCUGAAUAACAUUUCCAACGAUAUGGCCAAACGUUCGCUGACCCAAAGCAAAAAGGAAUUCCAGCGCAUCGGCGACGGCCUCUCCGAUCUGGCAAAAUCGCUGUCCAUUGAUGAACGGCGCGCGCCCACACGCAACGGCGUGCCGCUCUCGGAGAGCGUGGGUCGCAUUGGUGGCAUUUACAUUGGCAUCGGUCAAAUGUUUGGCGAUCAGUCCAAGCACGACUGGAUACCGCUCUCCGAUCGGCUGCACAUCUACAGAGGCGUCUUGAAUUGCUUUCCGGACAUCUUCUCGACGCACAAGGGCGCCAUACAAAAGCGCAAGGACUGCGAGCGUUCCACCGCCGAGGGCAAGAUGAGCAAUGCCCAGCUGCAGGAUGUGAACAGGCGCACAGAUGUUGUCUCCUAUACGGUGCUGGCCGAGCUAACCCAUUUCAAGAGCGAACGGGAUACGCAUCUAAAGCAAACACUGAAGGCCUUCAUUGCCGAGCAAAUCAAGUUCUAUCAGGGCGUUGUAGGACGCCUGCAGGAGGCGCAUCGCCAGAUCGAAUAGGACGACGACGACGAUGACUUCUUCCCCCGGAGGGCUGGGCGCAACACGGCUGGGAGCACAACAAGCACACGUACACGUACACACACUAUUUUUUAGCUGAAACAACAUUCGCACGCGCGCAUUUUAAAUGCUUUAAAAAAACAAAUGAAACUAAAUGAAAACGAAAACUAAACAAAACUCUUUUUAAUUAGAUGUGGUUUGAACUAAACUAUAAACUUAA